AUGAAUGAGAUCUCGUUCUCGUCAUCCUGCCUGAGAAGACAUGGCAUCAGUCUUGGUGUGCUCAAGUUGUUGCACGAGGAGUACGACAGUCUCUACCCGUUGGGGUCGCUGUUUUGCAACACAAUGGUGCAUUGUGCACGAUGCAAUCUUGUGGACAGCUUCCAGUAUAUAGUCGACAACAUCCCAGAAAACAAUAGACCUUCUUUAUUCGACAGGUCCGUCAGUGAUAGCUUGAAGUUCUGUGCCAGCAACGGCAACAUCGCCAUCUUUGACAUCCUCUACAACUCACCAAACACUAAAGAGUACGUCACGGAGAAAGACCUCAACAUUGCAAUACGCAAGGCAGCCAAACAUGGACAUCCGACAAUGAUCAACCAUCUCUUCAAGUAUCUCGCCUCUGAAUCAUCAUCAUCAUCGGGUCGCCAACCACGCUGGAGGAGAGACCGAAUUGAGAAACCUCCCAUGGGCAUAUCGAUCGCAUUGAUGUGCUCCAUUCAAAGAUGUGCGUGA